GCGAGAAAGAAAGCCAAGGCAAGGCAAGCUGCCUUCAAAUUCCCAACCUCUUGGGCAGUUCACACCCUCCCCGUCUCCUCGAUCGGCGUCCGCCAUGGGUGGCCUCAAGCUCCGGCGGCUCGCAUCCACCUUCCUCUCCCCAGGCCCCGCGUCCCCGGGCUCCGCAGCCAAAGACGCGCACCACGCGGUGGCGCGCGCGACGGCGCACCACCCUUCCACGGCCCCGCCGUCCGCGCACCACAUGGACGCGCUCCUCGCCUUCGGCCGGGGCUCGCGCCUCUCCGCCGCGUCGCUCGCCGCGGCGCUCGUCGACCGCCUGCGCGCCGCGGCGUCGGGGCAGGGCGACGCCGCCGUGGCCCUCAAGUGCCUCGUCGCGCUCAGGACGCUCCUCGCGCGGGGCGCGUUCAUCCUCCGCGACCAGCUCCUCGCCGCGCUCGCCCGGCACCCGGCCUCCGGGCGCAACCCGCUGGCGCUGUCCUCGUUCCCGCUCGGCCGCUCCUCCUUCGCCGCCGCGUCGUGGGUCCGCUUCUCCGCGCGGCUCCUCGAGCUCCUCCUCCUGCUCCCGGACGCCUCCGCCUCCGCCGACGCUGCCGAGUAUCUCACCGCGCUCCCCAACCCGCACCUCAUCGCCGAGCUCGCCGCCUUCGUGUCCGUCGCGGACGCCGUCCGCCAGGCCCCGCCGCCUCCGUCCUCGGCGGGCCCACAGAAGCCCAACGCGCUCAUCUGGGAGGCCGUCCGGCUCGCCGACGAGGACCGCGUCGCGGCGGAGCUGAACAUCGCCGCGCGCGUCCAGGAGAUGGCAGAGCGCCUCGACACGCUCUCCCUGGCCGACGCCGUGGAGCUGGUGUGCGUGCUGCGGCGCGUGGAGGAGGGCGCCGCGUCGGCCCCGCCGGCCCCGGAGUGGAGGAAGUGGGCGGGGCUGGACGAGGGCGUCGUGUGCGCGGCCCGGAAGCUCCGCGAGCGCGCGGAUGACGUGGUGCUGCGGAGGACGGUGGAGGAAAGGCGCCUAGUGCGGAGGGACGCACGGGGCGGCAGCGUGUCCGCGCGCGUCGUCCUGCCGAUCGGUGCCGCCGCCGCUGGCGACGGCGCCUUCCGCCGGUUUGGGUCCACAAGGUGGGCUGACACAGUUUCUGCCUGUAGACGGUAGGACAUGGACAAUGUGUACAGUGUAUGUUUUUUUUUUCGAGUUUUUCUCGUAGUUCACUCAACACGUGUUUCAAUCUAUGUAGUCAUGUUUUUGUAAUUUUUUUUGUUGAAUUGCUUGUUAUUUGUUUUAUAAAAAAUGCCGUACUGUAAAUAUCGGGUGCAACGUGAAUGAAGUGCUUGCUAUGAGAUGAUUGCUCGA